AGGAAGGUGUGUGAGCAGCGACGACACCCGAGCGAGCGAGGACGGAGUCCAUCAUUCACGCUGCCUCUCCAUGUGGAGGCCACGGCUUCGAGUGUGUGUGUGUGUGUGUGUGUGUGUGUGCGUGUGUGUGUGUGUGACAUGACCCAGGACGAAUCGUAGACACAGCUUCGACAUGGACUUCCAAAACAGGGCAGCUCUGGACAUCUCCACCAGGAACCCUCUGGACGACUUUGAGCUGCUGCUGAGAGUUGGAGGAGGAACCUACGGAGAAGUUUACAAGGCGUGCAACAAGCAGAACGGGGAGCUGGCAGCCAUCAAGAUUGUCAAGAUGGAACCAGAGGAUGACUUUUCUAUCAUCCAGCAAGAAAUCGUGAUCGUUAGGAGCUGCAAACACGCCAACAUCGUGGCGUACUACGGCAGCUACAUACGAGCCAAUAAACUGUGGAUCUGCAUGGAGUUCUGUGGAGGAGGUUCCCUGCAGGACGUCUACCACGUGACUGGGUCUCUGUCGGAAGCACAGAUAGCCUACGUGUGCAGGGAGAUGCUACAGGGCCUGGACUACCUGCAUGCACAGAAGAAGAUCCACAGAGACAUUAAGGGCGCCAACAUCCUGCUCAACGAUCAGGGCGAGGUCAAGCUGGCGGACUUUGGGAUCUCGGCUCAGAUCACAGACACUCUGUCCCGGAGGAAGUCCUUCAUCGGGACGCCAUACUGGAUGGCGCCAGAGGUGGCGGCCGUGGAGCUGAAGGGCGGCUACAACGAGCUGUGUGACAUCUGGUCUGUGGGCAUCACCGCCAUAGAGCUGGCAGAGCUACAGCCGCCCCUGUUUGACGUCCACCCGCUGCGGGUCCUGUUUCUAAUGUCAAAGAGCAGCUACCAACCUCCGAAACUGAAGGACAAGUCGAAAUGGUCGCCUGCGUUCUACAGCUUUGUGAAGGCCAUGUUGGUGAGGAACCCCAAGAAGAGACCGAGCGCCUCCAAGAUGCUCUCACACCUGUAUUUGAGCCAGCAGGGCCUGAACCGAGAACUGACUCUGGACCUGUUGGAGAAGUAUCGACAUCCUGAGAAGCUGAAGACGUGUGCGGGUUCAGAGGACGAGGACAUGGAGGUGUCAGUGUCUGGAUCUUUACGGAGGAUCCAGUCCAUCAGCAAACACAACCAGGCGGAGAGGACCAACUCUGACAUAAGCUUGGAGCAGAUUUACACCCAGAGGCCGGUGAAGAAGGACUCGCCCAACGUGACGUUAAGACUUUCAGUGGAAUUAAGCCACAGUAACAUGAGUCCUAUGAGAAACCAGGACUCGGACUCAGACGACUACGACGACGUGGACAUCCCGACGAUACAAGCCUCCAGAGCUGCAGACGUGCCCCCUCCGCUCCCCCCAAAGCCCAAAGCCCGCACCAGCUCAGAGGAGAGCAUGGCGGGAGAGGACGAGCGUGCGAGGAAGCCGUCCUCCCUCCUCGCUCCCUCGCCCCUCACCAGAACCUCCAGCGGGACGCAUGCCCGGCCCACGCCCAAACCCAGAACCUCACGGAACUCAGACCCUGUGCAGCUUAACAACAUCCCUUCAGACCCCACCCCCCCUGAGCUCCCACCUAAAGGCAUUCGCAGACAGAAAACCCCAUCAAAGAGUCCUUCAGGCUGCGUGAGCCCCGUCAGGAAGAAGCCUCCUGUCUACUUUAAGAAGAUCUUCCACGGCUGCCCUCUUAAAAUAAACUGCUCAACCACCUGGGAGAAUGCAGCCAACAAAGAUCAGCAUCUCAUCGUGGGCUCAGAGGAGGGAAUCUACACCCUGAACCUCAACAGCUCAGAGGCCACGAUGGAGCUGCUGUAUCCUGGGAAGUGCACCUGGGUCUACACCAUCAACAACGUCCUCAUGUCUGUGUCAGGUAGGUCGUCACAGCUUCACUCCCAUUCACUGAAGGAGCUGUAUGAACAGGCUCGCAGAGACCAGAGGAUGGUUGCCUUGCCGACUCACAGACUGUUACCUAGGAAGUAUGCAGUGACGUGUAAAAUACCAGACACCAAAGGCUGCAGGACCUGCUCAGUGGCAGGUGGCGUGCAGCAGAGUUGGGCGUUCCUGUGCUGCGCUCUGGAGUCCAGCGUGCUGCUGCUGCAGUGGUACGAGCCCAUGCACAAGUUCAUGCUAAUAAAGCACUUCGACUUCCCGCUGCCCAACCCUCUGCGCGUCUUUGAGAUGGUGGUGGCGCCGCAGCAGGACUACCCGCAGGUGUGCAUCGGCGUGUCGCGGGGCUCCCUCCACAACCAGCCGCUCAGCGUGGAGUACAUCAACCUCAACUCCAACACGUCCUGGUUCACCAACACGGGCCUGGAGAAACCAUGUCCAGAAAUAGUGCAAGUAAAUCAGCUGAGCAGUAACUCGCUGCUCGUCCUCAUAGAAAAGUCGGUGCUUAUCGUGGGUCUGGACGGGGAGUCGAAGAGCAGCAGAGGCCAGACGCAUGAAAUCACCUUCUCGCGUGACGUGGAGUCUAUAGUGUACUUCGAGGACACCCUGCUGGCGGUGUGGCGUCACGGCUGGCAGAGGAGAGGACAGGACUUCAGCGAGGUGCUGGAGGAGGUCACAGACCCCAGGAAGGUCUACAGACUGGUGCAGUCCGACAGGAUGGUCGUCUUGGAGACGCGUCAGACCGAGGACCCGUCUGGCAUGUCCAACCUGUACAUCCUGGAAAUUGCUGAGAAUUACGUCAUGCUGCCGUGAGCCUCCUGUCUGCUGGCGUCCGGCAUCACAGUGACUCAGCUCCGUUGAACCCCUCAUCCCAGGAUCCACGGUCACCGUUACCUCAGACUCGGAGUGUUUGAUUUUCUGAUGGGAGGAGAUGUGUCAGGAGGACGAUGGCGAGAUGUUGCAGAAUCAUAUUGACCUAAGAAUGGUUGCAGUCUUUAUCCCUCGGUCUGAGGGAGUGUGCUCCUAUUUAUGUUUGUUUCUACUUUUUGUUUGUGAGAUACACACCAAUCUCCAGAAUCGCGGCAGCUGAGAAAUCCCUAGAGUAAUAGUAAGAGACAGUCCUUCCCUCUGACACUAAGAGGAGGCUGUGCUUUGUGUCUUCUGCCUCAGUGUUGUGAUCGCAGCUGCAGACCUCCUGCAGGGACUGGAAUCUGUGGCUUUCAACGGCGCCGCUGAUGCUGCUCACUCUGUAUCCGCAGCUUUUUGUCUGUGUUGGAUCCAAGGCACACACACUCCAUGUUGUUACACUGUAAUAAAAGUAAUUAAGGCGA